AGCUGUAAACAAAAGCAAUUGAGUAGGCAUUUAAUAAAUAAUUGUUUUUAUUAAAAUCAAACUUCUAAAGCUACUUGUGAUGGAUUCGGGUUGUUACCACGGCUGAAGCAGGCAGGCGAGAGCCGAAAUGGAGGCACAGAGACGGUUUGAACACGCCGCACAGGCGCGCAGUAUUUAUUUACAAGAAACAAACCCCACUCGCUUACAAUACCAACAACGGGCGUAUUAAAAAGCAAAAAUAAACACAUUUACAAACAAAUCAAAUAUAAAUAUAUAGUAAUACUAACAUUCCUGGUUUUAGGAAUUCAACACCAAUGAACCCUCAUCUCGGGACAUUUCAUCAACCAGAACAUCACAAAUACCAAAAAGCAAAGAAUUAGUCUCCAUUUUUUGCUCCUGAGAGAAGAAGCAAAGACUUGGUCGGUAAGACAGGAAUCUAAACAGGGGAUCUGGGCUCUCGUCAGUUAGCAGCAAGGGAAGCCAUGGAUUCUGAGGAGGUGGCAGGCCAGUCGGAGAUGGUGACCAUCAUCCCCAAUGGCAAACACAAUGAGGACCUGACCGUGCCGGUGAAAACACCUCCGGAGGAUGACGGCAGGUAUGAGGACACUGAAGGAAACGUAGCAGAGAGUGAGGAGUUCCUACCCCACACCGACGGGAAGAAGCCAACUCGCUUCACGGAUUUUGAAGGAAAGACUUCGUUUGGCAUGUCCGUCUUCAACCUGGGUAACGCCAUCAUGGGCAGUGGAAUUCUGGGACUGGCUUAUGCGAUGGCCAACACUGGCAUCAUCCUCUUCCUUUUUCUUCUGACGGUAGUGGCAGUUCUUUCCUGCUAUUCCAUCCAUUUGCUGCUGAAGUCCUCUGGAGUAGUGGGCAUUCGCGCUUAUGAGCAGCUUGGCUACAGGGCAUUUGGCACUCCAGGAAAACUAGCGGCUGGAAUAGCUAUCACCUUACAGAACAUUGGCGCCAUGUCCAGUUACCUUUACAUUGUCAAGUAUGAGUUUCCUCUGGUCAUCCAGGCCUUCCUGAACAUCAGCGGAAAAUCAGAUGAGUGGUACUUAAACGGUAACUACCUGGUGGUCCUGGUCUCUGUGUGUGUCAUCUUUCCUCUGGCCCUCAUGAAGCAGCUAGGUUACCUGGGCUACACCAGCGGGUUCUCCCUGAGCUGUAUGGUGUUUUUCCUCUGUGUGGUGAUAUACAAGAAGUUCCAGAUCCCGUGUCCCUUCUUUGAGUUCUCGUUCAAUACCACAGAAUCUCUCAACUCCAGCACUGGUAUGGAGCACUCGGUUGGCUACCAGAAUGGACACACCCAGAUGGAGACAGAUCCUGACUGUAGCCCCCGCAUGUUUACCCUCAACUCCCAGACGGCCUACACCAUCCCCAUCCUAGCCUUCGCCUUUGUCUGCCACCCAGAGGUCCUGCCUAUCUACACUGAGCUACGCAACCCCACAAAAAGGAAGAUGCAACACGUCUCCAACAUCUCUAUCGCUGUCAUGUACACCAUGUAUUUCCUGGCGGCUCUCUUCGGAUACCUGACCUUCUAUGGUAAAGUUGAAGCAGAGAUGCUCCACACCUACAGCCGGAUCGACCCCUUCGACACCCUGAUCCUGUGUGUUCGACUGGCAGUGCUCACUGCCGUCACCCUCACCGUGCCCAUUGUCCUCUUCCCGGUACGACGUGCCAUCCAGCAGAUGUUGUUCCCCAACAAGGCGUUUAACUGGCUGCGCCACAUCGCCAUCGCAACCUGCCUGCUGAUCCUCAUCAACCUGCUCGUCAUCUUCGCACCCAACAUCCUGGGCAUCUUCGGGAUCAUCGGGGCCACAUCUGCUCCCUGCCUCAUCUUCAUCUUCCCAGCGAUCUUCUACAUCCGCAUCGUGCCUACGGAAGAGGAACCCAUGCGCUCCACCCCCAAGAUCAUGGCUGCGUGCUUUGCAGGUCUGGGAGUCCUGUUUAUGAUAAUGAGCCUGAGUUUCAUCAUCAUCGACUGGACUACGGGAAGCGACAAUGCUGGCGGUGGCCACUAGGGGUUAGAAAUAUCACUGGGAAGAUGCACUCAAGUGGAACCCUCGGAUACAGGACUUUGCAAAUGAAUCAACCUGCCCUAUCUCAAUGCCUGAAAUUUUAAUGACACAUUUUACUGUAGAUAAUAGAGAAGAAGCUACUAGGAUAAACCAGCUUGAUUCUUUUUUUUUUUUGUGGGGGAAGGCAUGCUAAUUUGCAAAAGCACACAUUUACAAACAUACCUGUUUCUUCAGGUAGACAUGAUUUUUGUCAGCCUACCAAGUCUAGGAAUUCCCCCUAUAUAAAUAUAAAGCUGGUAUUAAAGCAGUUUAGGUUUUUUGGAUCUAUGAUGCCAUGGCAGUGAUGCCAAAGCAAACCAGUACACUGCCGGUUAAAGGGUAGUGGGGGUGGUAGGGGGUACCCAGUUUGUUCAUGCUAAAACUUAUGAUAGGGCGCAGACAGACUUUAGAAAAGUGUAACUCUUCACAACAUCUUCCUAACCCUAACCCCAUGUUAACCCUAAUCCAUAUCUCUUGACCCUAUAAAGUAUUGCUAGUACUGUACAGACACCAAUGGUGCACAGUGACGGUUUAUAUCAGAGCUUAUAUAAAGGCUGAAAGGAUACGUUAUUUUACAAGUAGGAUUGGGGAAAGUAUAACUCCUAACAAACUUGCAUACAGUCAGCCCCUUCUCCCUAGCAAAACAGUACUGUAGUCUUUAAAAGUGCCUUUUUAAAGAUUUUGUGACUUUAUUAGCACACAUCAUAAGAUCCUAAUGUCCAUAAGAACUGUCAACUCCAAGUUGAUCCUAAAAGUGCCUUUUAAAGAUGUCCAUAAGAACUGUCAACUCCAAGUUGAUCCUAUGAUUAAAACUGGGGUGAAUUUAUAAGUAGGCAGGUGGUUUAGGUGGUGUCGAUUUUUAGCUUAUUAAGUGACAACACAUACAGUAACUGGCUCUUUGAAAAGUGUCAAUGUAGUAGUGUUUUCAGUGCAAUCAGGUUAAUACACAUUGAAGCUCAGUGUGCUCGUCUCUUAGCGAGGGCACUUUGAACAGAACACAUCAAAACACAGAACCCUGGCACUACAAGCAGAUUACAGUAAACUCCAACAUUUUUUAAUUCCAGCCUUGCAAAGCUGCACUUUAGAAGCGCUAUUCUUAAGCAAGAAGCCUGUUUAUAUUUUACCCAGUCCUAUUUUAAAUGACAUUUUGUUAGGUUAUUUUUUUUAUUGCUGUUUGCAAUAGAGGGUGUUACGUCUAUUGUAUAAUUGAUUUCUUAAUUUAUAGACAUGGCUUUGUUUAGGAGUUUUAUCAAACUCUGUAAAAACUUAACUACAGUAUGUUUUAAUUCACCUAAAUAUGCAUGCACUUAUAGAAACUCGCAUUGCGUUUUUUGUUUUUUUUUAAAGAAAAACUUUGGGUGUUUUAAUUAUUUUUAAAUAAUAAUUUUUAUAGCUAUUUAAUGGUGAUAAAAUGUGAUAACUGAUGGGACAGGUACUGGCAUGAGAACCUAAGAAUAAUCAGAAAGUGUUUCCAAUUCCCCAAAGCUGUCCGUUUUGAAACUGGAUUAUGUAAAAUCCAUUUAUUUGGUUCCACAUCUCAUUUUGUAUCCAGAUCAGUUCAAAUGCUAUUUGGACAGGUAUACAGAACAAAUUCAAACUGUGUUAAAACCCUGGAGCUGAAGAUACUGGCCUCAACUGGGGAAAGAGAGCAGUAAAGUCAUUAUUCUACUCCUGUUGGAAGGCUGCAAUCUCAGAAUUCACUUUCUGUAACAUCACACAUUCCACUACUAAAAUGUCAUAAGCCAUUUAAGAUAAUAUUUUUAGGGUUAUUAUACUCAUUUGGCCAAAUCACCUUUGAUGUUGACAUGUGACCUAAUAUGGCUGACAUAAUGGGGUCAUGUGACUUUCUGGUUUCCAUAUCCCUUCUAAAAGUUUACCAUUGUAAAGGCAUAGCAAAGUGUAAUAAAGCAUAGUAAAGCAAACCAGGGUAAACUCUUGUAAAUGCAGAUUAUAACCAGUGGUGUAGACGAGCGGGAGCAAGCAGGAACGCUGUUCCGGUACUGUUUUCUAUAAGCAGAACCUUGACUUAAGAAUUUGCUUAAGAGUCUUUAUCGAUUUGUUAUGAAAAUGCUUAUAGCGCCCGAAUGCUGUCAUUUCAGUGCAUGGGCACCGAUGAAGCGAUCUCUUUUCUGUGUGGAAAUCAAAAUAGUCUUUCUGCACCAUACCAUUGAAUAGGCACUAGGAACAAAUCAGUGUCCGAUUCCCAACGUGCCACUUCUGAUGGUACACGAAUUGGAGUCUCCGAUAACCGGCACAUGUUUUAAAUGUUUACAGUCAAGUCACACACAUCUCCUGAUUCCCACACAAUUGUCUGAUUCAGUCAGCAGUCCUUGUGAUGCAAUGAAGAGAACAUUAGGAACUUCUAUUACAAACUACAGUACUAAAGUUUAAGAAUGCAAACGAAGAAGAUAGCAAAAGUGCUAUUAGCAGCAGUGUGGAGUAGUGGUUAGGGCUCUGGACUCUUGACCAGAGCAUUGUGGGUUCAAUCCCAAGUGGGGGACAUUGCUGCUAUACCCUUAAGCAAGGUACCUAGAUUGCUCCAGUAAAAACCCAACUGCAUAAAUGGGUAAUUGUAUGUAAAAAAAUAAUGUGAUAUCUUGUAACAAUUAUAAGUCACCCUGGAUAAGGAUAUCUGCUAAGAAAUAAAUAAUAAUAUAUCAGUGCAGAGGCCCGGGUCUUGGAAUGAAUGACUGCCCUUGCAACUGGCUUAGUAAAAUUGUAAAUUUGCAAAGAAAAAAAAUUAUAUUAAACUAUAAUUUGGUGGGAGAGGAAUGAGGUGUCGGUGGAUUGUGUCCAUGUUUUCCUCACGUCUCUAAAUUAGCUGGGGAGGUUAAUCAAGGGCAGCGGUGGCAGAUUUUUUUUUUGCAACGCUCCACCAAAAAGUAGCCAAAUUGUGUUUUUUAAACCAACCAAAAACCACAUAUAUAUUACAAAAGCAUACAUAAGUGCUACACAUUUAUUUAAAAUAAAACAGUCAUGUUAUAAACUAUUUAUUUAUCUGCUUUGUUUGUUUUUUCUCACAAUUUACAGUACCAGAACCAAUGUUUUUUUUUUUUUUUUAUCUGAUGAGAUCAAAUCCGGUAGGUCCUGAAAAAUGUAUUCAGAAUAUAGUGCAUUAGGCCUACCUAUUAAAUGUUACCUCAAGCUCAAUGAACAAAUAACACGUGAAUUUGUAUAAUCUUUGUUUAAGAAAAUCUAUAUUUUAUUGGCGUUCCGGUACUUUCAGAUUUAGGACUACACCACUGUUUCUAACCAUGGGAAAAGCAUGGUAAACUUCUGUGCAAAAAUACCAUAGUAAACUUUUAUAAGGGAAGAUUCCAAAUUAUGAUAAAGGCAUUUGAGAUAUUGGCUUCAUACUUGGUACACACAGUUUGAUCAUGGGUAUUGUACAAGAAAAAAUGAACCCUUUCAUCUCAGUAAUUUCACAAAGUUGCUGCUGCUACAAUGAAAGGCUCUUGAGGUAGUGACUUCAUAUUUGUAGUGUUGUGCAGUAUAAACACUGUAUGCGUUGGUGACCUUGACUUUGACCUCUAACCUCACGUGACUAAGUUUCUUGGGAAAUUAAGCAGUACGUUUUGAGUUCUUGCCUUAUGGUACACAGUUUGUGUCAAUGAUUUUCUUUGUUAAGAUUUGCCAUUGCCACUUGUUGCUUUUUUUUUAGUCCAUUCCAAUCCAGGAACUUGAUUCAACCAGCUCCCUAAUGACCUAAUUGAACACCUGUUAACACUAAAGACCUAAUUGGAACAGGGCUCUGUCCUGUUCAAUUCAAUAACCAAGACAACAACAGGGCCCCAGACCCGAAUGGACUGAAAAUCCUCAAGUGAGUACUGAUCCAAACACCAAGGGUUUAAAAUGUUAAAAAUGAGGGUGAAUAAAUAGAUAACAAUUGUAUGUAUUUGGGCUUACACACCAGCAUUUAUAAAUAAUGUAUAUAAAUGUAAACCCUUUAUAUUCCUGUUACAUGUCUAGCCUGUAUAGUGUAAAUAGCAUUUAGGAGCGGUUUUAGACUGACAAUAAAACAAAUGUAGUCAUUUUUAA